UAAUUCUGACUGCUGACAGCGCAUGCGCCAAAUCAGGACCUCGGGAAUCUGGACGAACGGUGUACGCAUUUGGGUGUAACGGGUAAACACUCUUUUUGCAUCUUCUUUUAAUUCAAAGGCCGAUUCCCUCUUUGAAAAGCUGCAGGAAUAAUGGGAGCUGUGUUCCUGCCAGCAGAUGCCGCGCACUCGGUGCUGCGAAGGCUCCCGAGAGCAAACUUCUUAUUGGAGGAAAUGAAACAAGGGAACAUCCAGCGAGAAUGCAGGGAGGAAAUCUGCAGUUAUGAAGAAGCGCGGGAGGCAUUUGAGAAUGAUGAGAAAACGAGGCGAUUCUGGGAGGAGUAUCAGCGUGAAAGCAGCCCCAGGCCUGGAGGACUUGAGUCUUUUGGUGGUGGUGUUCAUUCACUUUACCUGAUCCUACCCCUCCUACUGGUUUUGAUACUCAUUGCUGCAGUUUCCAUUACCGUUUGGAAAUGUCACUCACGCAAAAGAUCCCGGCAAAGCCCUGCCAUUGGGCGUCCACAGAGAGAUACAACCCUAUCUGUAGUGUCGAUGGACCAGUGGGGGCGGGACUUCCAUCCUGACAUCAGUCCUCAUUCAGAGAUCAGUGCACACAGUAGCCCUGCGUACCCUGGUGCUGACCUCACACUUGGGAGGAGCAGUCGUGGUGACCCGCCCCCUUCAUAUGAAGAAGCUGUGGGUCAUACAGAUGUGCACAUUGAAGCAGAGCCUCCGCCACAAUAUGAUGACAUCAUCAGUAACCACGGUGGUACAGUUAUCAUUGGCCAGGGAAAGUGAGGAUCUUUCAAACAAAAUAUUCUGCCACAUCUACAGAGGCUUCCACCAAUACUGCAAUCGCUGCCAUUCCUGUUUACUCUUUCUUGUUUUUCUUUCAGCUAUGCCUGGAGGUUUUUCAGGACAGGGAGAUACUUUGGUCAUUUAUUUUUAUAGAUGGUAUGCAUUGACGUCACUUUUCCACGUGGCCUGAGUGGCAAACGUUCAACAAAAUGGCUAGUUUUCAUAGUGGGUGCUGUGAAAAUGCCAGUAAAACUGACUAUUAUCAGCUUAAAUUGAAUUUAGUUGGACUUGAUAGCAGAGGUGGACAAUACUUGGUUACAUUAGUUA